AUGACCAAAGCAAAAAGGAAGCUGGCCCAAGAUGCCAAAGCAAGCGGCGAGAAGCGUCUGCGCCGUAGCGAGGCCCUUGGAGAGAUUCGAGACCAGUUCAACCCUUUCCAGUUCAAGCACAAUCCCCGAGGCCCCAAAUUCCAGGUUACCACACUUCAAUCCCCAAAUGACAAGGGAAUCAAAGGACGGCCGGGUGUGUCCAAGGCGCUUGGCGAAGAAAGGCGCCGGGAAACCCUCUUGGUGGAAAUGCAAAAGAGAAACAAAGUAGGCGGUAUCCUCGAUCGUCGAUUCGGAGAGAAUGACCCGACCAUGGCCCCAGAGGACAAGAUGCUAGAACGAUUCGCGCGGGAGAAGCAAAGGCUGCACAAGAAGAGCUCCCUCUUCGACCUCGAAGAGGAUACGCCGAGCUUUGGUCUCACUCACAACGGCCAAGCUCUCUCACUGGACGGGCCGAACCUCAAUGACGACUUCGACGAGGACGACCUGUCGAACGACAGUGAUGGUUCGGGGGACGAAAGGAAAAUAUCGAAGCGACAGAGGCUGGCUGAUGCCGUAGCCGACCUCGAGGCUGCAGAAGAAGAGGCCGACGAAGACCCCGACCGAAAAGGACAAAGGCCGAAGUCAUGA